AAUGUCUUGGUCUUUAUGUCACAUGCAUGUCAUUCUCUGCUGACUCAGCACAGAUCUCUGAGCAUAGAUAAAAGAUAAAGAGUGCACUGAUCAGUGAUGCAGUGCAAUGGAUGGUGGCCUACUCCUGGUUCUCUGUGUCUUGUCCUUCAUUCUAGGGUUCCUCUCUGUUGCACUGUAUGUCAGUUGGCAGCAGGCCUAUCAUGUGAGGAAGGUGUGGACAGAGAGCAGUUCUCAAUGGACACAAGUCGGCUGUCACAAGGUGUUGGCACCCUCCGUUGAGCCACGCCCCCUCCAGUUCAACAGUCAACUCACUGGAGUGAAGAGCAUUGAUGAAGAACUAGAAAAGCUGUUGUCCCUCGGACUACGAGACCUUUUCGAGAGCUGGUAUCACACCCACGUCAGUCCCGACCCAGUGUGUUCCCAAGAAGGCCUAGAACUGGCCCACAAUGUGAUUCAAGAAGUAGCCGCGGCUGGCAGAGAGGUCGACUACUUGGCCUUCUUCAUAGAGACACUCAUCAAUGAUUUUAUGGAUCACCUGAGGGCAUACAAGGUGGCAUGUGGGACUGCAUCAGUGGGUGUGGUCACAGGUCAAAGUGCAGCAAUAUGGAACGAGGCGGUGGAGACAGAGUUCUUCAAGUGUGAGAGUGGGGAGGACCCGUGGAGGGCCGUCUGGUGUGACAGGGAAGCCAGGAUAGCCUACCUGUACCGUCUCUCUGAGCUGCUGCUGUGUAUUGUGCUCCCAGAGGACGAGUUCUCUUCUCCGUCCCUCCAGGCCCUCCUCACCGAUGUGUUGGUCUGGAAGGUAUGGACGCCAUUGCUCAAGACACUAGCUCUACCUGACAACAUCAACGCCACCUUCAUAUCAAUGUGCAAGGAGAGCUCUCUGAACACUGACAGUUUUAUGGCUGCUCUGAGUGAGGGGGCCAAUGAGACCGAGGUACGAUCACUCAGGUACAACGUCAACUCUCACACCUGCAGAAGACCGGAGUCACAGAAAAGUGCUCUGGAAUCAGUUCUGGCCACUGCUAAAGCAGUACUCAGUGCCAAGAGUGUCCCUGCGAAUGUGUCCAGUGAUAGUCUCAUUGCCCUCUCGGCCGCCAUUCCCGACUAUGACAUUCUGAACGAGGGUACCACCAAGCACUGUGUGUUUCACGUCAACGUCUCCUGCAAACACAGCCAUGUCUCUGUCACUGAGAAGUGGAUCAUUGAUCGUCGCUAUAGAGACUUCCACGACCUCCACCUCUCACUCAGGGCACAGAUUGAUAACUUCCCUGUUAAUCUCGUGCUACCCACUCUUCCCUCGUUCCACAAAUUGGACCCCCAGCGGUUGGACGUGAGACGAAUUCAGCUGGAGGGCUACCUCAAAACUAUCAUCUCAGAGGAAUUCCUAUCAGAUCACCUCCACGUGUUGGGUCAGGUCAUCUUGUUCCUGUCAGAAGGAGAGUACGAACGACAGAGCACCGAGCUAAAGAGAAUGGCGAACACUCUCCUCAACCCUCUAAAACGUGUGGCCACAUUGACCCGAGGUGCACUCAAGUCCUCUGGCCAGUCAAGUUCCAAGAUGUCUCCAGUGACAGUCAAGAAGCAGCCAUCAUCAGAGACACCCAAACCACCAGGAGAAGAGAGUUUUGGAGCCUCCAAACCUGCUGCCAAGAAGCACUUUGAGUUCCUCUACCAAGACAAGACAGGUAAUUCAUGGGGCACCAGUAAAGAGAGCUUUGUUAAGAGGCCUAGCAAGUUCUACCCCCUGGAGAUAGACUAUGGUGGUGAUGAGGACACUGGGCAACAGCUUGGAAUUGCCCCUGGUUCAAAGUCCACACUGGCCCCUGAGAUACAAGAUCUCAUUCGAAUGAUAUUUGAUGUGGAGAGCAUGAAGAAAGCUAUGCUGGAGUUUGAGAUUGAUAUAAAGAAGAUGCCUUUGGGCAAGUUGUCACGGCGUCAGAUAGAGAGUGCAUAUUCUGUCCUUUCUGAGCUACAACGAGAGAUUGUUGGGACUCAGAAUCCGAGCAAAAUCCUCGACUAUACUAACAAAUUCUACACUCUAGUACCACAUGACUUUGGCAUGACGAAACCACCCCCACUGAACUCAGAGGAGGUUAUAAAGAUAAAGACACAAAUGUUGGAUAAUCUAUUGGAGAUUGAGGUGGCCUACUCGCUACUGAAACAGGAGGAUGGUGUGAGUGGAGGGAAGGAUCCAUUGGACCUGCAUUAUGAGCAGCUCAAGACCAAGAUGGAUGUGCUGCCCAAGAGCUCUGAUGAGUUCUCAAUGCUGCAGGAGUACGUGUCCAACACUCAUGCGGUCACCCACUCUCAGUACUCACUGGAGGUGCUGGAGGUGUUCAAAGUGGACAGAGAAGGGGAGGGGAAGAAAUACAAACCAUUCUCAAAGCUCCACAACAGACAGUUGCUCUGGCACGGCUCCAGGAAGACCAACUUUGUGGGAAUACUAUCUCAGGGUCUUCGAAUAGCUCCACCAGAGGCGCCAGUGACUGGCUACAUGUUUGGGAAGGGGGUGUACUUUGCAGACAUGGUCUCCAAGAGUGCCAAUUACUGUAACACCUCUCGCUCUGACAACGAGGGACUCAUGCUCCUCUGUGAGGUUGCCCUCGGAGACAUGUGUGAGCUGACCCACUCCAAGUAUGUAGACAAGCUGCCAGCUGGUAAGCACAGUACCAAGGGUCUGGGUCGGACCGCCCCCACUACUGACGGCCACAAGACCACUGAGGAGGGUGUGGUCAUCCCCAUGGGCAAGGGCUCCUCCACAGCCGUCGACAAUACCUCACUACUCUAUAAUGAGUAUCCUAUUCAGUGUUCAUUGUAUGAUGUGAGCCAGAUAAGAAUCAAGUGCCUGCUCAAAAUGAACUUCAAGUACAAGUGGUAGCUAGAGACUGUUGAACUCUGUUACUAAUGUUAUGUUUUUGUUGUGUUCUGUGUUCCCUUGAGGUCAUUUAUAUAUUUGAUACCGUAUAGCGUGAAUUUUUUGCUUCUCAUCCUACGAAAUACACGAUUUUUCAGAA